GUUCGAACAUUUUUUGCGUACGACUUUUUGAAAAUUUAUGGAUUCAAAUUGACGAAAACAAAUAAAAAUAAAAAUUUCACUGACAGUAGAGGUACCACGUUGUGUGUUUUUUUGAUAAAUUGCACAGUGCAUGUUCCUUCGGUGUUGGCGUCCGGUUUUUGGGAUUACCAAAUUCGUCGAGAAGCGUUGGCCAAAUCAACAUAGUUUGUUGACUCCAAUCACCGAUACCAUUAUGACCAGCUUGGAGCGAGUUAUUUCCAACAAUCAGGCCGCAGAAGAGCUGUUGGCCUCUCUGAAGCAAGAGUUUCAGGCACUGAAAAACGAGAAAGCAGUUCGCCGAAUCGAGGAACUCAAGGUGGAGAACGAUGCCUUGCGAAAGCAGGUUGAAACUGCUCGAAAACAGCUGAUUGCUUUGGAGGUAAAGAACGGCAAAGUCCAAAUUCCGGUUCCUGGACAGUCACAAACAGUUGACGCCGAACCUGCCGUUGUCGUCGUUAAGCAGGAGCCGCAACAACAACAGCAACAGAACCAACAAGCAGCCAGAAAUGACGUCAGCAAGGCUCCAAAAGAGAAGAAACCCAAGAAGGAAAAGGGCUCAGGGGAUGCCAAGCCGGCCGCAACAGCGGCUGCUCUCGAAGAACCCCCGAUCGAUGUUGGUCGCCUAGAUAUGCGCGUCGGAAAGAUCGUCGAUAUCUCUCGCCAUCCCGAUGCCGACAGUCUGUACCUGGAAAAGAUCGAUUGCGGUGAACCGCAGCCACGUACCGUCAUCUCCGGCCUGGUCAAAUUUGUCCCCAUUGAAGAAAUGCAGAACCGAAUGGUGGUUGUGCUGUGUAACCUGAAGCCGGCCAAAAUGCGAGGAAUCCUGUCCGAAGCCAUGGUCAUGUGUGCUUCCACGCCCGAAAAGGUUGAAGUUCUGGCUCCACCGGAGGGUUCCGUCCCCGGAGAUCUGGUGCACGUCGAUGGUUAUCCCCGGGUGCCAGACUCGGUAAUGAACCCGAAGAAGAAAAUUUUCGAAACUGUGGCACCCGAUUUGCAUACCAACGGUGAGCUGGUGGCAUGUUACAAGGAAGGAUCUUUCGUUGUGCCCGGGAAGGGGCCCGUUAAGGCUCAAACGCUGAAAAAUGUUCAUGUUAAGUAAAGUUAGAAACAACCACAUCAAAUGUAUAUGGAAAUGAACUGUUAAGUGGCUUCAUUUUUGGAUAAAUAAACCGUGAAAACUUUUUACAUCA